AUGCCGGCCAUCGCCUUUCUCUACCCCGGCGCAAUGGGUGCCUCCCUCGCGUCAGUGCUGCACCGCACGCAGCCGUCGUACCGGCUGCUCACGUCCAUCGCGUCGCGAUCAAGAGUCACCACGGAGCGCUCCGACGCCUCGGGGCUCGUCAACCUGCCCCUGCCAGACGUGGCGACACAAGCCGACAUCAUCAUCUCGAUCCUGCCCCCCGCAGCGGCGCUAGACCUGGCACACAUCAUCCGCGCGCUGCUGGACGAGAACCCGCGCUCCACGCCACCAGUGUACGUCGACGCCAACGCCGUCAACCCAGCGACCAUGGCGGAAAUGGCCGCCGUGCUCGGCGACGUCCCGCUCAUCGACGGCGCCAUCAUCGGCUUCCCAGCAAAAGACGACUACUUGCCCAAACUCUACCUGAGUGCCGCGCCAGAGUGGGCCGCGGACCUCGAACACGUCGCGCGGACGCUGAGCGGCGGUGCGCCGGGCAAGGGCCUCGACGUGCGGGUCAUGCAGGACGGCGGCGCCGGCGCAGCGAGCGCGCUCAAGAUGAGCUACUCGGGCUUGGCGAAGGGAUACAUUGGGCUCGGGGCGAUUCUGGCCAUUGCCGCCAACGCGCAUUCGCCUGGCACGGCGCGCGCCUUCAUGGAGGAGAUGGCGGAAUCGCAGCCCGACCGGCUCUGGAAUCUCGGCGGGACGAUCCACCACAUGAUCCCCAACGCAUACAGAAUGGACCAAGUGUCCGAGUUCAUCUCCACCGCGCUCGACUUGCCUGCGGACGGCGAGCCGUCCCCUGCGACCGUGUACACUGGCCUCGCGAGCGUCUUCGAGCGCGUCGCGGCCGACCUGCGGUCGACAGGCCGCGCGGUCGGCUCGGCGUCGCACGGCCCACAAGGCGACGCGGACGAGGUGGAAGCGCUCCUGAGCUGGGUCAAGGACUCGCGCCGCCUGCUCGAGGACAAGGGAUACCAGAGCAACGGGAACGGCAACUAG